AUGCAUCAUAAGAAUUUACCAUCAUCAAAUAAUAAUAUUAUUGAUGGACAUUUAUCAUUAGAUUAUAUUGUUUGUGUAAUUUAUGAUAAAAUAAAAGAUGUCUAUUUAAUGAAUAAUUAUCAACAACGUGGUGGUCUUUGGUUUUUAUUUAGUGAACGUCGUAUUAAUGAAACAUCACUUCAAACAAUUAAACGUUUACUUGAUCCAAUUCUUAUUU